AAACCGGGCAACGUGGGUUUUUUAUUGCCACUCUGGAGACACAAUGAUGAUGCAUUUUUUCCUGCAUUAGCCCCUCGGAUCUGUUGGAUCACCGGCACCGGGGAAGGGAUCCGGGGUUUCUGCCGCCCUCCAGCGGCCCACUCGCGGAGCUGCACCCCGCGCUUGGGUAACCUCCUCCCCGGCCGCCGCCGCCGCUCCGUGUUUGUGUAUGUGGAAUGCGGGUCAAGCGGAACUCACGGCAAAAAACUGCGCUUCACAUCAAACUCAAACACCGGCUUGCAUCGGCCUGACGUGCUCUUGUCCCUACACCGGAGCUCCGGCGACAGACGACGAUGAAGAGAAGCAGGCACCCCAGCAGCAGUGAUGACUCCGACAAUGGAAGUAACUCUACCUGCUGGUCCCAGCAUUCAUCACAGCCGAGGAGGGGCACUGGACAGAAACCGUCCGAGGUAUUCAGGACGGACCUGAUCACAGCCAUGAAGGUGCACGACUCGUACCAGCUAAACCCCGAGGACUACUACGUCCUCGCAGACCCGUGGAGGCAGGAGUGGGAGAAGGGGGUCCAGGUCCCCGUCAGCCCGCAGUCCAUCCCGGAGCCCCGCGCCAGGGUGUUGGCAGAGAAAGGGAAGGAGGUCAUGUUUGUCAGGCCAAAGAAGCUGAUCCGGACGUCGGGCACCGAGGCGCUGGGCUACGUUGACAUCCGGACGCUGGCGGAGGGGAUGUGCCGCUACGACCUGAACGAGGAAGACGUGACCUGGCUGCAGAUCAUCAACGAGGAGUUUGCUGAGAUGGCCAUGCCGCCGCUGGACGAGAUCACCAUGGAGCGGGUGAUGGAGGAGUUUGAGCGCCGCUGCCACGAAAACAUGACGCACGCCAUGGAGACGGAGGAGGGCUUGGGCAUCGAGUACGACGAGGACGUGGUGUGUGACGUCUGCCAGUCCCCCGACGGGGAGGACAACAACGAGAUGGUGUUCUGCGACAAGUGCAACAUCUGCGUGCACCAGGCAUGUUACGGCAUCCAGAAAGUCCCAAAGGGCAGCUGGCUGUGCCGGAUCUGCGCCCUCGGCAUCCUGCCAAAGUGCCAGCUGUGUCCCAAGAAGGGUGGAGCCAUGAAGCCCACCCGAAGUGGAACCAAGUGGGUCCACGUCAGCUGUGCCUUGUGGAUUCCAGAGGUGAGCAUCGGGAAUCCUGAGAAGAUGGAGCCGAUCACCAACGUGUCCCACAUUCCCAGCAACAGAUGGGCUCUGAUCUGCUGCCUGUGCAAAGAGAAGACCGGAGCGUGUAUACAGUGCUCAGCGAAAAACUGCCGGACUGCCUUCCACGUGACGUGCGGCCUCCACGCCAGCCUCGAAAUGAACACCAUCCUCACCGAGGACGACGAGGUCAAGUUCAAGUCCUACUGCCCCAAGCACUCUGGGCUCGAGGGGGCCGAGUCCAGAGACGGAGACUCGGGAGGCGAGGAGGAGAAGGAGGGCGCCAGAGACAAGAAGGGCAGGAGGAGAGGCAGGGUGAGAGGGGAGGAAGACGCGGCCUCCUCCUCUCUGUCCUCCUAUGUGGCUCCUCAGCUCAUCGACAGGGCGCCCGGCGACCCCGAGGGCCUCAGCAGCCGCCAGCAGGAGAAGAGAGUCAACCUUCGCAAGCUGAAGCUGCAGGAGAUGGAGGAGGAGUUCUACCAGUUUGUGGAGGUGGAGCAGGUGGCCGGUCACCUGAAGCUGCCGCCGGAGGUGGUGGACUUCCUCUACCAGUACUGGAAGCUGAAACGCAAAGCCAACUUCAACCAGCCCCUCCUCACGCCCAAGAAGGACGAGGAAGAGAGCCUGGCACGCCGCGAGCAAGAGGUGCUGCUGCGACGCCUGCAGCUCUUCACACACCUCCGCCAGGACCUGGAGAGGGUUCGUAACCUGACCUACAUGGUGACUCGGAGGGAGAAGAUGAAGCGCUCGUUGUGGAGAGUCCAGGAGCAGAUCUUCCAGCACCAAGUCAGGCUGCUCGACCACGAGCUGCUCACAGGUGAUCCUUCAGCAAAGGAUUUGGAGAAGCUCUUCUCUCUGGGCUGGUUAUCCUCUCAGGGAUCCGGGUCUCGCUCCUCCUGGAGCCACUCUGGACUGAAAACCAAACGAGGGUCUGUAAAGCAGGAAAAGAGGAAAAGCGGCGACAGGAAAAGCCCGUCCGACUCACCACACGCUCACAAGAAGGACAAUCUGAGCAAACCGCUGGAGACGAAGGACAGUAAAAGCUCCCGAAUCAAAGAGCCCGGCCCCGCCGAGGCCGCGGGCGAUGCCAAAAUCCCAAACUCCGAGACGGGUCAGGAGAUUCAGCUCCCGAAGCUUCAGAAGCCAGAGGUCGCUCAGGAAACGGUCGCCGUCAAGCUGCACAAACCUGACGGCAGGAAAGGUCUUCGGAGGGAGGCCCCGGGGCCCGAGCACGAGGCGCCGAGCAGGGGGAAACGGGACAACGACCACGAGCAGGAGGAGAGGAGGAGGAAGAGGAGGAGCGAGGUGACGGACAGCUUCUCCAGCCAGGUGAAGAACAAGUUUGGCUCAAAACAUCUGGAGAAAACGGUGUCCAUCAGGCUGGUGGACAUCAGAAACUCUGACACCGACGACUACUUCAUAGACGAAAUGACCAAAAGAAGCCCCGUGUCUCUGGAAGGGACGGCCAACACUAAAUUUAACAAAGCCAGCGUGGGGUCAGACGCCGCCGCCGCCGCCAAAGCCAACGGCUGGCUGAGGAGAGCGCAGGCGAGCGGCUCCCACGCCCCCAACGGACCCGUGGGCGGACACCUUAAAGGCUGGGGGAAGUUCAGGAUCCCUAAGAGGAGCGAGAGGCCUCUGACAAUAAAGGAGCAGGAGCAGGAGGAGGAGGCGGAGCAGCGCAAGCCGCUGCUGAGGCCGCUGACCAACACGCCGGAGCCGUCGUACCCGAGAACGCGGCUCCGCACGGGGACGGAGAACGACGCCGACGGCGAGCCGGAGCCCUGCCUGAAGCGAUGCCACUCCCACCAGCUGAGGGGCGACGCGUCGCUCGGCCGCCGCUACGGGUCCGACAUCAUCCGCCGAGGCGUGCUGGCCUCCUGAUGGCGGAGCAACACUUUGAAAAAAUAAGCUGCACUGUGUUAGUGGGAAAAGGACGACGGUCGCUCUUUGUACCUUUAUUUUUCUCAAUGCCUAGAUAGAAAAAAACAGAGCUGAUAUUUAUUUUUUAUUUGUAACAUAUGUAAAACUGGGAAAUAUUUUACUUUUCACUUUAUUUUGAGCUAGUUUUAAAAAAAAUUUUUUUUUUUUCUUUCUUUCCUCAAAGUAGAAAGAUGUCAAGUUGCCACUUAAACGCUCGCUCAGAUAUUUACAAGCAAAAGCAUCAACUAGGGAGAAGUUGUGAUUGUUGCUUGGGACCAUAAGCUUGCAAUGUAAUUUGUUUUUGGCAUAGUAUUAAACUCGGCCAUGAGUCAGUUGCACUUAGUCGGAAAGAGCUGAAACAGAUAAUCCUCAUCCCGUCAGCCACAUAGGACUCUAGAGGUCUUUUUAAAAAAAAAAUCUAAAAAAAUCUAAAAAAAAAAAAAAAUCAAGCUUCAACAUCCAGAAACGGAGUCAAACUGCCCUUUUAUCGAUGUGUAAACUCCAGCUGUCAUUGUCUCUCCAGUCUGUGUCCUGAAGCUCAGCGUUAUGAAUUGAGAAUCCACAAAAGAGAGAAAAAAAAAAAAAAAGGAAUCGAGACUGACGUUUUACUUGUCAUCAGCACUUAAGUGUAAUUGAACUGCGAUCGUAUCGUAUCCAUCAUGUGCCUAACUUUUAUUUGAAGCGUUUGCACUACGAGAGGACGGCACAGGUGUGAGGUAUGAGUAGAGUUAUUUUUACACUGAAAACUUAAAAAAGCGUUUUGUACCCUCGGCCGCUGCUGUACUACUACUGUUAUGCAAAAUGAAUCUUGUUUUGUCUUUGUCUUAAAGAGGAAUAAACACUCUGGAGGACUUCA